UCUCCCUAGCUUGUUAUGUGUAGAAAUUUAACAUGUUUCUUGCAGACUACAACAUCAAACUGCAAAUUAUCUGGUGCAAAGAGGAACGCCCAGGGUGAACUCCUGAUCCAGCCCGAAAAGCAAUGGGGUUGUGCCCUCUGCAAGGUAAAUUCUUCUAGCGAGGAAGCCCUGAAAGAGCAUCUUCAAGGUAGGAAGCACAAAGCAAAAGAAGCCUUACUAUUGCCUAACAAGAAGACUAGUCCCCUGCAAUCUAAGCAGAAUGUGAGUCCACCAUCAGAGGGUGCAUCGGUUGGCACGCCUCCGAAGAAGAAACUUUCAGAAGGAAAGAAGCAACAGAAGCUUUGGUGCAGCCUCUGCAGAGUGAAAUGUAAUAGCUCCAUUAUGUUAGAAUAUCACUUGGCUGGCAGAAAACACAGGAAUUUUAUGGAGUUGAAGAAAGCCAACUUUAGUUUUAAGACUGAAGCAGUUAAUUUUAAGACUGAAGCAGUUACGAUAGCAGAUGAAAAACUUGGGGACAGUGGAAGUGCAGGAUUAGUUGAGGAAGAGUUGGAGACUGCAUGCCCUUCAACAGCACCAUCAAGCGCUGGAGUGGACGUAGAUGGGAAGACUACACAGGAUUCGUAUUGACGAUAGCCUCUAGAAAUUGUAGCAGAGGUAUGAUUGCUGCUAGGAUUUUAGUACUAUUUUGUAUUUGACAUCAUGAGCAAAUACCCGUUGGAUUUGACCGUUAAAUUCAGGACUUUGUGAAAUUUAAUGGCUUAAACCAUUGAGCAGUAGCUAUUUUAUUUUAUGCAUGAUAUCAGUUUAUUCUGCUUUAUUCAUUUCUAUUUUCCA